CAUACUGUCUGAACGGACAGAGAGCCACUCUGCUUCCUGGUAGAAGCUACUGUCAGCGCUCUGUCGUCGUCGACAUCAAUCCGAGAGACACAUUGCAACUCAAACCGAUUUGAUCUUCUCCGCCGACAAAACCCACCUGGUGAAAGGAUGAAGACCAUGAUGCGAGGGGCUCUCCUGGCCGUCCUUCUGAUGGUCAACCUAAGCUGCGUCGACGCCUUCGAUGACAUGAAGGUCUGCUACGUGCUGGACGCUAUUCUGAUCGCUUACAGCAUCGUUCUGACGGUCCUCUACAUUAGGCUCAAGCUCUAUCCCGCUACUCCACCUCAAGAUCAUCCUGAGAAAAGUGAUGCAGCAGGGAUAUAUUCAGGCCUGACCCCACAUAUUUCAGACACCUACGAGACCAUCAGGGUGGAGAAGAAAGCUCAGAUGUGAUCCCUGAAGAAAUGAUGCGUUGUGCGAUCAUGGGCUGUCGUCGUCUGAAGAGAAGGGGCUGCUCACUGACCCCAGGUUCCACCCAGCGGUUGCUUUAAGCUUGUUGGCCAGUAGGAUUGUAUGCAAUAGAGUUAGUAUGUUUAUUUUACUUUUGUAGCUGGUAAUAAGGGCAUAUAUGCCAAUAGUGUAUUGCUAACAUGCUUUUUGAAAGACAUUUAGAUUAGAUUAAAGCAAUGUAUAAUUAAUUCAUCUUCAACAUGAUAUAUAGGCUAAUAACUUUUGAUCCCUGCCAAAAAUAUAUUUGUGUGUAUAUAUUUUAUAUUAUAUUAAUAUGUGUCUUGACGUUUUAAUUUCCAACUUUUAAGUGUAUAUUUUAUUGCAUUACAUUUCGACAAAUAAAACCAAGAACACAGACUG